CACGUGCUCCACACUGGCGGCGGCGGCGUCGAGCGCAUGCCGGCGGACGUCACACUGCCAGGCUCGCGCCGACGCCGGGGCGGACGUCGCGUGUGCGCGCGCCGGCAAUUAAGAGCGCGCUGUAAAGUUAAAGAGACGCGUGAAGGGGUUAAAGCGUAAACCCUCUGCGUGAUUAACGGCGCUGGCUCGCCCGUGCCCCGCGCUCGGCCGCGCGCCAUUGGCCGCGCGCCCUGUGCACCCCGGUGGCCAAUGGGAGGCGGCCGACCACGAGCCGUCUUCCUCCUUCCCCCCCCCUCCGGCCGCGUGUCCGCUGCACCGAUUGGUCCGAAGUUACUGUGGGAAAGAAAGUUUGGGAAGUUUCACACGAGCCGUUCGCGUGCAGCCUCGAGCAUAAAUAGAUCCGCCGCGGCGCGCGCCUUCGGACACUUUGUAUCGCUGGCGAGCGGAGAGCAGCUCGUGCCACACACACCCCGACCGACACGGCUCGUGACACGGACGCUGGUCCGUGAUCGUCGCGAGCGGAGAUCGGUGUUGUGCUUAUUUUUUUUAUUUUUUUUUUUUUUUAAAAAAAAAAGAAAAAAAGAGAUCCGACAGUGGAGCUUAUUUCAUAAAGGAAGCCGGGACACGGAUCUCCACGUUGGAUCACAGGGAUCUUUAGAGACGAAAACUGAUCUGCAGCGCUUUUCUCUCUGGAGGGGUCCAUUAUUAAUAAUAAUAAUCAUCAUAAUUACAAUUAGGAGGAGGAUUUUCACUUCGCCUCCAGUCCCUGUGAGCUUCUGUCACCCGCGCGUGGAUCUGUUCCAGAAGAAGAUCAUGCCCGCAGACCUGAUGGAGAAAAACUCCUCUUCACCUGUGGCCGCCACUCCGGCGAGCGCGAGCACGGGCGCGAGCCCCGACAAGCCCAGGACUGCGUCGGAGCACAGAAAGUCCUCCAAACCGAUUAUGGAGAAACGGAGAAGAGCCAGAAUCAACGAGAGCCUUGGUCAGCUGAAGACACUCAUCCUGGAUGCACUCAAGAAAGAUAGCUCCAGACAUUCCAAGCUGGAGAAAGCCGACAUCCUGGAGAUGACCGUGAAACACCUAAGGAACCUGCAGAGAGCACAGAUGACCGCCCUCAACACGGAUCCCUCGGUUCUGGGAAAGUACCGCGCCGGAUUCAGCGAGUGCGUGGGUGAGGUCACGCGCUUCCUAUCCACGUGCGAGGGCGUCAGCACUGAGGUCACGACCCGGCUGCUCGGCCACCUGGCCGGCUGCAUGUCGCAGAUAAAUGCCGUCAACUACCCCGCGCAGCACCAGGUGACCGCGGCGCCCCCGCACCCAGGGUACGCACAGCCCAUGGUGCAGGUGGCAGGUGCGACCCCGCCCCUCGGCGGAGUGCCGUGCAAAGGGGGUCCCGCAGCGGGCUUGUCUCCGGAGGCGGUGAAGCUGUACGGCGGCUUCCAGAUCGUCCCGGCGACGGACAGACAGGUGGCCUUCUUAAUCCCCAACACAGCGUUCGCCCCCAGCGGCGCUCUCGUGCCCGUGUUCGCCAAGACCGGCGGUGCGCCCGUGCCUGCGUCUGCACCCAUGUCCCCUUGCGUGCCCCCCGGCACGUCGGACUCCGUCUGGAGACCCUGGUGAAAUGGGGCUUCCUGGACUUGUCUUGAAAAGGACACUCCUCUUGGACCUUUUAAUAGGACUGUGCAGAGUCUAUAUUUUUGGACAUGUGUGAAUAGAAAUCAUGAGCUAUAUUUGUAUAUAUUGAUGGGAAAUUGAUAUUGAACAAAUUUGUAUUGUGAUUUGGUGUCUCGAAAUGCAUUUUUAUAUUCAAGUUUUUUUUUAACCAUGUGAAGCCAAAGAUGUGUUGGAUGCUCAACAUUUCUUCCAUGUGGAAGAUGAAUAAAUGACAAAAGAGCGGUUUU